UCUCUCUCUCUCUCUCUCUCUUAAACGGACGAAGGAAUGACAGCAUCUGAGCAGGCGCAGUUGCAGAAGUUAUCAACCUCAACGACUGAUCUUCCCAGGCCCUCUGGCGCCGGAGCUGGCCAUGCCGCGAGAGAUCCUGCGCUGGCUACCCUUUUGCGUAGUGCUAUUCCAACGGCGGGGGCAGCGACGACGCCAGAUCCCCCGACCGCGCUACCCAACGGCACAGGGAGUACGAGCUAUCGAGGACCGGCGGCUUUUGACAUCAGGAGGUGGCGAAUGUGUAUAUUUUUGCACACGUGGCACCCCGCAAUUGCGGAUCGGAGUGAGGGAGCGGCAGGGUCGUCGGCAGUCUGCGAGGCUCUGAAGGUGGUCGCCGCAGUCGUUGCAUUUUUAAAUACCUUUCAUUAGAGGCAGAGGAGGCAUUCUGUAUCCAGAUCGGUUUUGGGGGGCACACCCGCCGUCCAGUGCAGUCCAUGGCACGGGGCCCUCCGCCUGGCUCGUAGCCGCAUCCACCUUGUCCUCCUCCUCCCUCCGCCUCUCCGCGUCGUCGGCUGCACGACCGUUGCGUGCCCCUAUGCGACCUGCAAAAGGCAGUGAGUCCCUUCGGGAGUCGCGUGUGGCAGUAUUUGUCGGGGCUGAGGCUGUUGAUUGUCCUGGCAGUUGCAAUCUCGCUUGCGCGCCGCCCUCGCAAAACAGCAUGCCAAUUCCGGGCCACAUCUCUUGAAGGCGGCAUGUGGCGGAGGAGGAGGAGCGAACCAGACUGCACGCUAAUCCCUGCGUGCCUGGCUCUUCCCCGCGGGGCCGGGGCUGGCCCGCGUCGAGCGCAGGCACCCCCCGCAGGGGGCCUCCACAGCCGAGGCGCUGACGCCAAGGACCCGCCUUUGGCUCAGGAGAGCGCUCUGUCCUCCUCCUCCUCCUCCUCCUCCUCCUCCUCCUCCUCC